AUGACACGCUUCCGACCAUGCAUAGAUCUCCACGCAGGCUCCGUCAAGCAAAUCGUAGGCGGCACGUUAUCGACGACGGACACGGCGGGUCUGAAAACCAAUUUCACCUCCGAGCACCCGUCUGCAUACUACGCCGAACUCUACAGGAACCAUGACCUUCGCGGAGGACAUGUCAUCAUGCUCGGACCGGGAAAUGAUGGAGCGGCGCGUGAGGCUUUGCAAGCGUGGCCUGGAGGGCUACAGGUUGGCGGCGGCAUUAGAGAUACCAAUGCCAAGGAGUGGAUCGAAGCUGGAGCGGAAAAGGUUAGGAUUUCAUCACAUUUUUUCAAUUCCUGAUGAAUGGAUUGAGGUUUGGAGCUCAAUAAUGCUAAUGCUUCGUACGCAGUAGGUCAUCAUCACAUCUUUCCUGUUUCCCUCCGGUUCCUUCUCCCUCGAGCGUCUCCAAUCCGUCCUCGCUGCCCUCGGCGGCGAUCGCAACAAGCUCGUAAUCGACCUCAGCUGCCGCAGAGUCGCCCCAGGCUGGCGAGUCGCAAUGGACAGAUGGCAAACCAUCACCGAAUUCGAAAUCAACAAGGGUAUGACUACUCCCUCCCUUCCUUCCUUCCAAACAUUCUCGAGAAUCCUACAGGGCUGACACACACACACGCGUAUGCAGAAAAUAUCUCCCUGCUCGAACCUUUCUGCUCCGAAUUCUUGAUCCACGCUGCAGAUGCCGAAGGCCUGCAGGCCGGCAUCGACGAGCAACUCGUCACCCAUCUGGCUCAGAUCUGCACCAUUCCCAUCACGUACGCCGGCGGCGGCCGGAACAUCCAGGACUUGGAGCUAGUCGAGCGUCUCAGCGGUGGCCGUGUCGACCUCACCAUUGGCAGCGCGCUGGACAUUUUCGGCGGCAAGGGAGUCACCUUUGAAGAAUGCUGCAAAUGGAAUGGAUCCAAAGGCAGUGCCUAG